UCGGAUUCUGGUCCCGCCCCCUCCGCCAGGCUUCCUUCUGCAACAGGCGUGGGUCACGCUCUCGCUCGCUCUCUUUCUGCCGCCAUCUUGGUUCCGCGUCCCCCGCACACCCUUCGCAGAGUUUUUAAGAAUAUUUGACUCUGGGUUGGGCAGCAGAACGGAUCCCAGUCAAUUCAGGCCUCCUUUUUAUUCCCUUCAGAAAUGCCUGGUGAAGCCACAGAAACCGUCCCUGCUACAGAGCAGGAGUUGCCACAGCCCCAGGCUGAGACAGCUGUGCUUCCUGUGUCUUCAGCCUUGAGUGUCACUGCUGCCUUAAGGCAGCCUGAAUCUACCCUACCCCCUCCUUGCUCCAUGGCCCCCCAACAAUGCCCUCUGGCGACCCCUAACCAGGCUUCCCCAUUCCUUCCUCCCUCUAGUGUUGUCUCAACCCCCUUUGAAGCUCCUUUUCCUCAAUCACCCUCUGGAACAAUCCUUCCUUUGGGAGUUGCCCCUUCCCCCACUGACACCCCAGUUUUCCUACCAAACCUAAUAGGACCUCCCAUCUCCCCGGCUGCCUUAGCUCUGGCCUCUCCCAUGAUAACUCCAGCUGUGAAAGAUGCCCAUUCCUCUUCAGCUCCCUUGGCUCUGGUGGCCUUGGCUCCCCACUCAGUUCAGAAGAGCUCUGCUUAUCCACUUAACCCUCUUAAUUCACCUCCUUUGAUUGCUGGGGCUGAGUCAGGGUCAGUAACAUCUCUGUCAACUCCCAUUGUUUCCUCAGAACCAAAGACCUCUUCUAUUCAAAUUCCCAUGCAAGUAGGCCCUAAUCUAAAAGGUACCCCUAUCCCUCCAGGUAUAGUCAGUGCUGUUCCUUCCCAUCUUGGAACUCCCUUGGCCUCUAUUCAGUCUGGAGCAGCCACAUGUCCUCAAAUGCCACCCACCACUCCCCCAGCCAUCACUCCCCCUCAGUUCAAAGGCAUCCCUGUUUCCUCAGCUCUGACUUCUCCACAAAACCCUGAAAGCCUCAGCAUAAAGGGGCCCCUUAAUUCACCUGCUACAUUACCUCUUUCAACCCAGUCUAUAUCUGUGGCUCCCAGUGUCACUCCAGUUUUCCUCACUUCUCUGGGCUCUCAUCUAGCACCUUUACAUCAGGGUUCUCUUGAUUCUCCUGUUCGACCCUUAGGUCAAACAGGUCCUAAUGUUCUGUCACAUCCUAAAGUGGAUGCCAUUUCUGCAGCUCAUUCUCCCAUUGGGGCCUCUUACCCUUCUCAGAGAUCUGUAAUUCCUCCACUUUCUUCCAGAAAUGAGGUGGCUCCUACUUCGGGGGCUCCAGCUUCCCCUCUGGCUCUUUCUAUUGAGAAAGACCCCCCUGCUGUCACUGGCAUAGCUUCCUUCAGUCCUGGCUCAUCAAACGUAGCCACCUCUUCUCCAUUAUCUCCUACAGCCUGUCUCAUUCUGAAAGGCUCUUCUAAUGCCACUCCUCGUCAGCCUUUGGUGACCCAAAUUCCUCCUCCUCCAGGGAGUCCGAGCUUAAAAGAAGCUCCUGUUUCUUCUGUUGGAACCAUCCCAUUCGUUUUGACUAACCCCUCCACAAUUUCUGCGACACCUACUACCCUUGAGGUAGCUACUUGCAUGUCUCCUCCAGUUUCAUCAGAUCCCAUAAGUAGUAAGGACUCAGCUUCCCGCACUGCCUCAGUUACGGCUCCUGGGGCUCCCAAAGAGCUUUCUACUCCUCAAGUAACCCCUCUGGGAAUACCAGUCCCCCCUCCUCUCUCAGUCUCUGAGAACUCCAAAGGUCUCCCUACAUCAGCAUUGGUAAAGUUACCAAAACAAGGAAAUAUCCAAACUGAACUUCCUUCUCCUCUUGGAGUCCCUGUGUCACCAGAACAGGCAGGACUCCCUACCAAGAAAGACUCGACUCUAAUACCAUUAGUACUGGCAACUCCCAAAAAUCCCCCCUCUCCCCAAAGUAUAUCAUCAUCUCUGGAGAUAGCUCUUUCUCCUGAAGCCUCCUUAGCAAAGGUAAGCCUUGUAGAGCCUCUCCCUGUAGUUAUGUCAGCAAGUACUGCUUCUUCUCCUCUGGGUGUUAACUCCCCAGCCUCUGUAAUCGAGACAGACCCCAGUAGUCUGCCUCUCAAAAGUUCUCUCACCACCCCAAGCAUAGCUACAUUUCCUCUGGAACAUGUUGCUACUGCGGAAGUGGCUCCUGCAGUUACCAAAGGUACCUCCACUACAGCCAGUACUUUUCUAGAUGUCUCUUUAUCUCAUAAAAGCCAUCCAGGUAAGAAGGGUAGUUCCACUCUUACUUUACCUGUGGUUCCUCCAGUCUCUGAAAGUUGCCCUGUGGCUCCAGCUGUGACUCUAUCCCCCCAGAAUGUUUCUGCUUUUCCAGCUGCCAUAGCACUAGCCCCAGAAAUUCCCAAGUCUGAGCCCUUUCCCUCUCUUCAUCCUCAAGGUGCAAAGAAAGUUCACGGUAUUUCUCAUACCUCAGCAUUGGCACCUGUGGCUUCCUCUCCUGAAGGGCACCCAACCAAGGACUCUGGUGCUUGUGCUUCUGUUAAUGCAUCUUCGAAAGGGACUUACUUAGCUGACUCUCCAUCUCCUUUAGGGACUAGUGUGUCUCCUCAAACUAAAAGACGUCCAACCAAGAAGGGUUCAGCUCCUCCUACUACCUUAACUCUUUCUCCUCAUUCGAAAAGUGUUCCUGCUAUCCCUGAUAUUUCUGCUGGAAAUCACUCCUCCCCUAUUUCUCCAGUUGAAGUGUCCUUUCUUCCAGAGGCCAGUCUUUCUUCUCAAGUCCCUAAAGGGUCACUGGCCAAGAAGCAUUCCCCCACUCUUUGCCCCAAAGAGACCCCAGAUACCCCACCUCCCAAAGAGGCCUUCACUCCCCCAGCUAUGGUUCCUUCCUCCCCCAAAGGAGCCCCAGGAACUUCAUCCUCCAAAAAGUCACAAGCAGCUCCAGCCCCCAAAAGAGCCCCAGCUACUCCAUCUCCCAAAGGGACCCCCACUGCCUCAGCUGUGGCUCCUUCAUUCCCCAAAGGGGACCCAGCAGCUCCAUCUCCUAAAGAGUCCUCCACUCCAGCAGUGACUCCUUCCUCCCCCAGAGGGACCCCCAACCCCCAAGCUGUGGCCCCUCCCUCUCCCAAAGAGUCCCAAGCAACUCCAGCCCCCAAAAGAGCCCCAGCUGCUCCAUCUCCCAAAGGGCCCCCCACUACCCCACCUGUGGCUCCUCCCUCCCCCAAAGGAGGCCAAGCAACCCCAUCCCCUAAAGAGACCUCCACUCCCCCAGCUGUGACUCCUCCCUCCCCCAAAGGGUCUCAGGCAACUCCAGCCCCCAAAAGAACCCCAAUGACUCCACCUCCCAAAGGGGACACAGCAACCCCAUCCCCUAAAGAGGCCUCCACUCCCCCAACUUUGACUCCUUCCUCUCCCAAAAAGUCCCCACCUACCCAGCCUCCCAGAGAGGCCCCCACCUCCCAAGCUCCCAAGGAGUCUCAAGCAACUCCAGCCCCCAAAGGGACCCCCACUGCCCCAGCUGUGGCUCCUCCCACUCCCAAAGGGGGCCCAGCAACUCCAUCCCCUAAGGAAACCUCUGCUCCCCCAGCUGUGACUCCUCCCUCUCUCAAAGGGGGCCCAGCAACCCCAUCCCCUAAAGAGACCUCCACUCCCCCAGCUGUGGCUUCUUCCUCCCAGAAAGAGUGCCCAGCUACCCAGUCUCCCAAAAGAGCCCUAACUACUCCAUCUCCCAAAGGGGCCCCCACUGCCCCACCUGUAGCUCCUCCUUCCCCCAAAGGGAGCCCAGCAACCCCAUCCCCUAAAGAGACCUCCACUCCCCCAGCUGUGGCUUCUUCCUCCCAGAAAGAGUGCCCAGCUACCCAGUCUCCCAAAGGGGCCCCCACUGCCCCACCUGUAGCUCCUCCUUCCCCCAAAGGGAGCCCAGCAACCCCAUCCCCUAAAGAAACCUCCACUCCCCCAGCUGUGGCUUCUUCCUCCCAGAAAGAGUGCCCAGCUACCCAGUCUCCCAAAAGAGCCCUAACUACUCCAUCUCCCAAAGGGGCCCCCACUGCCCCACCUGUAGCUCCUCCUUCCUCCCUUAAAGGGCCUCAGGCAACUCCCAUAGAGUGCCCAGCUACCCAGUCUCCCAAAAGAGCCUCAACCACUCCAUUCCCCAAAGGGGGCCCAACAACCCCAUCCCCUAAAGAGAACUCCACUCCCCCAGCUGUGGCUCCUUCCUCCCGCAAAGAGUGCCCACCUACCCAAUCUCCCAAAAGAGCCCCAACUACUCCAUCUCCCAAAGGGCCCCCCACUGCCCUAUCUGCGGCUCCUCCCUCCCCCAAAGGGGCCCCAGCUACCCUAUCUGCUAAAGAGACCAUUCCCCCAGCUGUGACUCCUUCCUCUCCCAAAGGGCCCCCCACUGCCCCAUCUAUGUCUCCUCCCUCCCCCAAAGGGGGCCCAGCAACCCCAUCUGCUGAAGAGACCUCCAUUCCCCCAGGUAUGACUCCCUCCUCCCCCAAAGACUCCCCAGCUACCCAACCUCCCAGAGGGGCCUCCACCCCCCAAGUUACAGCUCCUUCCUCUUCCAAAGAGUCCCAAGCAACUCCAUCUCCCAAAGGGGGCCAAGCAACUUCCUCACCCAAAGAGUCUGAAGCAACUUCAGUCCCCAAAAGAGUUCCAGCUACCCCACCUCCCAGAGGGGUCUCCACUCCCCCAGCUGUGGCUCCUCCCUCUCCCAAAAAGUCCCAAGCAGCUCCAGGCCCCAGAAGAGCUCCAGCAACUCGAUCUCCUAAAGGGGGCCAAGCAACCCCAUCCCCUAAAGAGACUUCCACUCCCCCAACCAGGGCCCCUUCCUCCCCCAGAGAGUCCCCAGCUACCCAGCCUCCGAAAGGGACCCUCACUGUAGCUCCUCCCUCCCCUAAAGAGUCUCAAGCAACUCCAGCCCCCAAAAGAGCCCCAGCUACUCCACCUCCUAAAGGGCCCCCCACUGCCCCACCUGUGGCUCCUCCCUCCCCCAAAGGGGGCCCAGCAACCCUAUCCCCUAAAGAGACUUCCACUCCCCCAGCUGUUGCUCCUUCCUCAAAAAAAGCCCCAGGUGCCCCAUCUCUCAAAGGGUCCCUUACACCCUCAGCUGUGACUCCUUCCCCCAAAGAGUCUCCGGAAACCCCAGCCCCCAAAGGGGCUCCAGGAACCCCAUCUCCCAAGGGGCCAUCCACUCCCCCAGCUGUGACUCCUUCCUCCAAAGAGUCUCCGGCAGCUCCAGCCCCGAAAGGGACCUCAGCAACUUCAUCCUCCAAAAGAAUCCCAGGAGGAACUCCAUCCCCCAAGAGAGCCCAGGCUACCCCAUCCAAAGGCGCCCCCACUCCCUCAUCUGAGAGUCCUCCCUCCCCCAGAGAGGCCCCUACCUCUCCAGUUUCAGUCACAUGUGCCCUGGGGUCCAUUGCCCCUCUGGCUUCUAAAGGCCUACCAGUAAAGAAAGGCUCCACAGCUCUCAAAACAGGACUUGUUGCCCCAGCUCCAGAAAGUAUACCAGUUGUCACAGCUCCUUCUGAGAAAGGUCCACUGGCCAAGAAGAGUUCUGCUACUUCACCUCCUGUGUGCCCCGAUCCUUCAGCUAAGAAUGGUACUAAAGGACCCCUUCCUACAAUGGCUCCAGCCCCCCUGACAGUCUCUGCUCAGAAAGUCUCUUCAAAGGCUCCCAAAACGCUCCCUGUUUCUCCAUUAAAAAGCAAAGAUUCUGCCCAUUUCCCAAAGAGCCCUUUGACUCUUCCUCUUGGGUCUGUGACAUCUACUCCUCCAGCAACAGUUUGCUCUGAGAAGGUCCUUCCUAAAGCUGGAUCAGCAUCUAUCCCUCCAGCACCCACCCCAUCAGUCUCUCUGCCUCUCACUCCCUCCCCAGUUCCCCCUCUGCUUCCUAAACAGCAAUUUCUGCCGUCCUCACCUGGGCUGGUGCUGGAAUCACCCUGUAAGCCCUCAGCCCCUGCUGAUGAGGAUGAGCUGCCGCCUCUGAUUCCCCCGGAACCAAUCUCGGGGGGACUGCCUUUCCAGUCGGUCCUCGUCAACAUGCCCACCCCCAAACCUGCUGGGAUCCCUGCCCCAACCCCCUCUGCCAAGCAGCCUGUUCUGAAGAACAACAAGGGGUCUGGAACAGAAUCUGACAGUGAUGAAUCAGUACCAGAGCUUGAGGAACAGGAUUCCACACAGGCAACCACACAACAAGCCCAGCUGGCAGCAGCCGCUGAAAUUGACGAAGAACCAGUCAGUAAAGCAAAACAGAGCCGGAGUGAAAAGAAGGCACGGAAGGCUAUGUCCAAACUGGGUCUUCGACAGGUUACAGGAGUUACAAGAGUCACUAUCAGGAAAUCUAAGAAUAUUCUCUUUGUCAUCACAAAACCAGAUGUCUACAAGAGCCCAGCUUCAGAUACCUACAUAGUUUUUGGGGAAGCCAAGAUCGAGGAUUUAUCUCAGCAAGCACAACUGGCAGCUGCUGAGAAAUUCAAAGUUCAAGGUGAAGCUGUCUCAAACAUUCAAGAAAACACACAGACUCCAACUGUACAAGAGGAGAGUGAAGAGGAAGAGGUUGAUGAAACCGGUGUAGAGGUUAAGGACAUAGAAUUGGUCAUGUCACAAGCAAAUGUGUCAAGAGCAAAGGCAGUCCGAGCCCUGAAGAACAACAGUAAUGAUAUUGUAAAUGCUAUUAUGGAAUUAACAAUGUAACCAUCUGAAAACGAGGACCUUUUUUUGGUGUUUCAAAAGAAUAACUGCAGCUUGGUUUGAAAUUUGUACUGUUUCUAUCAUUAAUAAAGUUAUGGCUUCUUGUUGGAUGAA